CAAAAUCUCAUUCGCGGUUUACUAUUUAAAACUUGACAUGAACGAGGAUACAAUCUAUGGCCAAAUAAUGGCGGAAAUGGUCGACACGUGUACUACCACCACACUAAGCCAGGCGGAGCUAGGGGGUUGGAGUGAGGAUAUCUCCCAUGAUGAAAGCCUAGAGUACCCCACCCCGUCCAGUAUGGAGCUGGUACCCUACACCCCGCCCCAGCUUUACGGGCCCUUCCUCCCGCAGGGAUUGGAUGCCGGCAACGGUAUAGAUAGUUUUCAAGCUUCUAGUACUAUGCCUACCUCUUUCAUGGCAAAUGAUGGAGACGCAGCCACAUCUCAGGGAUCUGAUACUAAAGAUCCUGAUGCAGUGCGGGGCAUGUGCGGCCUGCGGAACAUGGGCAACACCUGCUUCAUGAACUCCGGUCUCCAGUGCCUCCUGCAUCACCCCCGUCUCUCCGUCUACCUCCUGGACCAUGACGGGCUCCCCGAGGAGGGCAUGGCCAGCCACUUCACAGAGCUACUGCAGAAGACCUGGGCGGGAGAGUUCAGCGUGCUCCAUCCCAGCUCCUUCAAGGAUACCAUGGGCUUCAUUCAUCCGCAGUUCAAAGAUUUUAGACAGCAUGAUGGUCAGGAGUUCCUUGCCCUUCUCCUAGACACACUCCAUGAGGAGCUCAACCAAGCCAACCGUCCAGCCAAGAGCCAGUCUCCGGCCACCGACUUCUCUGAAGAGUCCAGCGACUCCCACUACGCCUCGGAAGCCUCAACCUCCAAGCUCAGCGAGCUGGAGGCGCUCGACAUCGACUCGGGCAAAGAAGAGCCCCUGUCGACGAACCAGAACAACAUACGCAACAAGAUGGAUGAGGGUGAGGAGGAGGAGGAGAUGGGCAGUCCUGAGAUGGUGGGGGAGAGUAAGGUGGAGGAGGGGGAAGCGGAGGAGAGGAGAGAUGGGGAGGAAGGGGCAACCGCGACCAAACUCCCCAGUAUUGCAGAGUUCUACAUGAAAGACGUGAAGACUCUCAAUACAAACAUGUUACAAGGAGAAGAGAUAUCUCCUUCUGUCACCGAGAGCAGUGACAAGUUUCCCAAGAAGGACAAAUCCCCUACGCUGUCUUCCAUUCGAAACCCUAUGGAUCCUAUCCCCGAUGCCAACAACAGGUCUAUCGGCAAACCCAAGAAAUCAAAUGCCCUGGCUGCCAAAAAGAACAAGGCCAAUCUACGGAGCGGGGCCAACAACCAGGAAAAAUCCUCUGGCGACGGUGACAGUCACCAAGAAGAACCUGACCCGAUUAAGAGGAUGAAAAUGGACCUCAACUCGGAGAGUAUAGCCAAGAUCUAUAAGGAAACUAACGGCUUGACGUCGCCGAUGAAGUUCCACGAUUACGUGACAUCGAUGGACGACUCCAAGUCGGUGAAUAUCUUCACCGAGAAGAUGACCAAUAAACUGGCCGAGCUGGAAGGGCCAGCGGACAGUACCACGGGGAUCAAGGGUCAGAUCCUUUGCAGAAAGUUUGAGGAUACCCCCGUGGAGCCGACGACGCACAGCUCGAAGCAUUUCGACAAUGAGAAGCUACUAACGAGCCCUCGCGCCGCGGAUCUUCUCGACAAAGCGGGCCUGGACACCAAGUUGGGGCUGGGCUUCUUGCCUAACAAUCAGCAGUAUGUUGCUGCAAUGUGCAAGGCAAAGGAGGAUCUCGGAGAGAGGAUGAAGGUCGAGUCGUCAUCUUCCUCAUCAACAUUGACCGCAGAGAAGGGGAUGAUGAUGAAGGAGAGAGAAGGGGAGAUGGAGUGGGACAUGCAUCUACAUAGAAACCAGUCUGUCGUUAUUGAUACAUUCCAGGGACAGUUUAAAAGCACUGUCGUGUGUGCUGUAUGUGGCCAUGUUUCUAUUAUGUUUGAGCCUUUUAUGUACCUAUCAGUGCCUCUGCCUCGUGCCAUGGAUAAACAACUCAUUGUAACAAUCAUCUCAAGCCAGGGCCACUUACCAACCAGACACCUCGUAACGCUCAACCGCUUUGAUUCGGUACGGGAGCUCCGGCAAGCCUUAAAAUUCAUUAUCUCAGGCAUCAAUGGGGGAGAGGAGGAGGAGAGAGAUGUGAUUAUAGCAGAAGUUCUAGACCAUCAUGUCUCUAAAUUUUUGGAGGAUGGCAUCCAGUUACGUUACGUCAACGACUGCUACCGCUUGCUGUAUGCCUUUGAAGUCAGUGGCAAUGCGAGGGAACGACUGUACAGCAGCCUCUGUCCGGAACAGGGCGACGCCACCGGGAUCGCGCAAACGCAAUCGAACUUUGACCUUUACAUGAAUGAACACAGCAAUAUGAGUUCACAGAGCGAUGAUGUCAUCACACACAUGGGGGAUGCCACGCCCCCUAGUUACCAGGCUGUCACCAGCUCAUGGGACAUCGAGGUUACCACGACAACGGAUGAGCUCAGUGGCAUCGGUGGUAUGGUACAGCCACCUGAUAUAUCGUCCACGUCAGGUCUAGACAGUGCGUACCCGUCCAAAACCAUGCCGUACCAGAGUGAUGUCUUCACAAACAUUUCGUAUUUCAGUCCAUCCGAUAGCACGAACUGUGAGGGGUCAAGCUCGUUUGAGGGGACGCUGGCAGACAGUACAGACGCUGCAGAGAAAUCAUCGAGUCUGGAAGCUGUUCAUGGUUCAUCGAGUGGGGUUGAGUUAUGGGCAGACAGCCAGAGUGAAUCGAUACCGUGGGUCGCCAGGCAACCCGAAGACAUUGUUCCGGCGAAUAGUCCAACAUCGGGGGUCAUUGCUUCGUGGAAAUCGUGUGCAAUAUGCUUGGAGGAACUGCCCCCUCACCAGCUGUUAACCCAUCAACCAUGUGGCGGAGUACUUUGUGCAAUUUGUAUGGAAAGAGCUGUGAAGCAUUAUGGCGACCAGACUGUCAAUUGCCCAGUGUGCCGUCAGGAAAUCGACCCAGCUACGGACUACGUUGCCAUGGCAGGGGCAUCGACGCCCAAUCUCAUGAAGCGAGUCCUGUUGCUAUCGGUUACCUUCAGGAAUGAUACGGAAGAGGAUGGGGUGUUAAGACUUAAUCUGUUAGGACACCCUCGUGUGCUUUACUCACUGAACGAGGUUAGCGGAGAGGAGCUCUUUAGUCAGGUGGAGAGUGUGAUGCCUGUCCAUGCUCCCUUCUCACUUGUACUCUCAGAUUCACAGGGUCUAAGCUGCAGCCGAUGCAGCUUUGAUCUCCACUGUUCAGGUUGCCAGCUGGUGAGGGAGGUAGAUAUUACACUCAACUCAGACGAUCACCUCACAGUGGUGUACCAUAACCUCCCCUCUGAGAUAGUGGACUCAACCAGCAGGGUGUGCGAGGACCAAUCGGUGGGCGACUUCCAGGGCAGUGAGCCAAUCACGCUCAGGGACUGUUUCCAAGCAUUCACAGAGAGCGAGACAUUAGAUGAACAUAAUCCAUGGUUCUGCCCAGAAUGCAAGAAACCUCAGCCCGCAAGUAAAACCAUCUCUGUCUGUCGCUUUCCAGAUACCCUCAUUGUCUACCUCAAAAGAUUCGUGUUCCAUCAAGCCAUGAGCACCAAACUAGACAACAAGGUUCUCUUUCCUGUAGAAGACAUGGAUGUAGGGGAGUACAUGGGCGUCGCCACCCCUCAGGAAGACUUGGUCUAUGAUCUGCAGGGUGCGGUCAGCCACUUUGGGGGUGUGAAUGCUGGCCACUACACUGCGUUCGUGAAGAAUCCCUGGUCAGGGCAGUGGCAGUACUGCAAUGACGAGACGGUAUCACAUCAAGAGCCUUUAGAACAAGAUGCUUCCAAUGUCUACAUCCUCUUCUACUCAAGAAAAGGAUCCUACCAAGACUUCACCCUUCCACCACUUCAAACCACCAGUCCCAAGACGGAUGAAGGUGUCGCCCGUUCCGCGCCCCCUCCCCUCGUCUGUUCCUCCUCCUCUGCCUCCUCCUCUUCCACCACCUCCUCGGCGGCACCCCUCUCAACCCCGGAGACGAGAAUGGAAGAGUCGAGCCCCAUGGAGGAGGACCAGCAAGCGUUCAUGGAAGGUACAGACCUGGAGAAGCUUAUACAGGAGCUGAACAAGGAGGACAAGUCCACUGCAGCGGCGGAAGAGGGGGGCAGCAGUGAGGCAGAGGGGAGGGAAGCUGAUGCUACUCAGCAGGAAGGCAUGAACUCUGAGUCGCUGGAUUAGAGUGGAUUUUUGAAGAUGAGGUAUGAACCAGAAGCCAGUGCACUGGAUCAAUGAGACUGCUGACCAGGGACCCGUUUCACAAAGCCUUUUUGCAAUGCGAAUGACAAAAAUCAGUGACAAAUCUGCUGAUAACCAAUCAGAGGCAAGGAUUUCAGUAGCUUAUGACAAAAACUGUCAUCUGACUCCACCUUGAAGAUUGUAGAAAGCAUUUAGAAGCAAGGACCCAAGGAACCAUUGAACUGGGUCAUCAAGGUUGCUGCUAUAGAUUAUGGUGAUUGAAGUGAGCUAGAUAGAUCUCUUUAGGACUUCAAGACUGAUGGAAGCAGGAGCCAUUGAGCUAGGUCAUCAAGAAUUCUGCCCUGGAAACCUUCAAGGCUAACUCCAUUUCUGAAGUAGAUGAUGGUGAUUGAAGUGAGCUACAUAGACCUCUUUAGGAUUUCAAGACUGGUGGAAACACGACCCAGGAUCCAUUAAGCUAGGUCAUCAAGAAUUCUGCCCUGGAAACCUUCAAGGAUGACUCCAUUUCUGUAGUAGAUGAUGGUGAUUUAAAUGAUAUAGAAAGACUUGGUUAGGUCUUCAAGAUUGCUGAAGGCAUGGACCACGAGCCAUCAUGGAUGAAAGAGGAUGACUCCAUUGCCUAUCCGAUUCUGGUAACUGAAGAUAGAAGAACAACCUCUCUGCAUUUCAAAGUCUGGAGCUGUUGAAUGAAUUUGGUCGGUGAUGUCUUUGUGAAGGCGUGGUUGAUAUACCAAGUGUUUCAAUAACGAGGACAUCACUAUUUGCGAUUGCUGAUUACAGAACGGAGGUAGAUCACUGUUAGGGCACCAAAUGGGAGUGACUAAAAUUGGACCAGAGGUUCAGUUACAAGGAGUUGUUCCUUGCGGCUUGGGUGUUUUCAGGUCUUUGGUUGAAGACCGUUUCGACAGCAGUUUCAACAACCAAUAUUUACUUUGUGAGUGUCGACAGUUACUUCCAUUUCGAGGAAAAACUUGUCAAGGGUCUUGAAACCAGUCUCCUGUUAAAUGUGAUAAAGCAUUCUGGUAACUCAAGAGUUGUUGGAUCUGUGUUGUCUGCCAAAGACCCCAAGUACAUGUAUGGGAUGAUAUAUGAGGGAGGUUUCUGUGCUAUUAGUGGUCCGUUUUCAUCUGUUGUGUCGCGCGUGAUACACAGAAAAACAGGAAAACUAAUUCCAGAACAAAGAAGGGGUGAUAAGCUGGAAAAAUCCAAAGAUAUGAUUGAUGAUUGUUGUAAACUUUUGAGGAAAUAUGAAAUAGACAAGGGGACUUUGCGGCUCUGACUUACAGAGGAGAAACGUUUUGUAGCAUAUUAUUUCAGACAAUUUGUGCUACCCACUUUAUUUAAUAUUAUGAAUUGGUGUAAAACGUUGUUACAAUCACUACAGCACAUCAACUCAAACAAUCGCCUUUGUUUGUUCAGACAAUCUGUGCUAUACACUUUAUUUCAUGUAAUGAAUCGGUGAAAAACGUAUUUACAUACUGUACAAUCACUACUACAGCACAUCAACUCAAACAAUCGCCUUUGUUUGUACGUACGAACACAUCUGUGUUUUCGUACUAGAAUUUACACAAAUCAUAUGCAAUGGAGCGAACCAGUGUAAUAUUUUGUACAGCCAAAAUCACGUUUUAUUGAUCAUGUAUUAUUGUUGUUAUGAUGUUUCAAUGUGUGUGAACACUGGUAUGUAAGUUAUGCUGCAAUCAACUUAAAUGAUGUCAUCGGUUGAGGGAGCCAAUGUAGGGACCAUUUUUUGUGCAUGGAUUUCAGUUUGAGACUACUUUGUUCACUACAUCCCUUUUGAAUCGGGGCACAAUGCAUUUCAUGUGGUGUCAUAAAAAAGUUUUUAUCAAUAAGGACUUACAAUAACUGUUAUAAGCUACUGAAUUCAUGGUAUUUGAUUGGCUGAGAGCAAAAUUGUCAUCAAAAUUUAGCAUUUGUUAUUGAUAACAAGUUUUAUGAAACAGGGCCCAGGUUGCCAUUUUCCAAACCUGGGUGGAGAGGCACAGUUCUCAACAAAAUGCCUCGUCGGUAUGUUUAAUGAACUAUAGCCCUUGUGAAUACAGGAUACAGUACAUUUGCUGGGAUUUGACUACCAGUCAGAUGGCCAUUUUCCAAACCUGGGCCCCGUCUUACAAAGAGUUGAUAUCAAUCGCAACUAUGUACAUAAGAGAAAGCAGACUGCAAACCUGCGAUUGAUUUGGAUCAAUCGCAACUAUUUGUAAAACGGGGUCCUGGCUAGGGAAAAACAGUUCCCAACAAAAUAGGGGGGCAGGCACAAAAACCAAAAUGCACCGUAAACAUGUUAAGUACCUCAUGUGCACUUGUUUCUCAAGCACACAAUGAUUUGUAUUCUUUGUGCUCUUGUGUCAUCAUACUGAAAGUUUAAAGGGGCUGUUGCAUGGGAAAUACUGGUUGACGCCAUCUACACGUAUGUCUUCUUUUGGACAACUGCACGUAAACGAAUGGACUUGAUUAACUGGGUCAGCGCACGCUAGCGUUGGCGAAACAGACCAAAGUUCUCCUCACGCUUCGGUUUCGGGUAUGUUGCACGCAUGUGAAUACGUAGGCCUACUGCAAUCGCGUCCUCUUUAGUCGUAUUAUACCCGAUUGGCCCCGGGUCAGGCCAUGGGAAAGACACAUAGUCUCGUCAUGCUACAGCCCCGUUAAGAUGUCAUGCUACAACCCCUUUAAGAUGAAUUCUUGACAAUCAAGGGGGAAAUAGGAAUGAAAUGCUGCAGUUAAAUUUUCCUGGAUGAUUUUUAAUCAAGGUCUUCGCUGUCAAAUAUGGCUGCAAGUGGAAUAUCAUCUCAAAAUUGAAUUCUUUAAUUGAUUAGUGCAGCUACUUGGGAUGAUUGGUUUACUUAGGAAAUUCGGUGAAGGGCACUGCACACUUAACAUCCCAACUGUGAUUAGAUUUUUGAAGAAAUUGCAGAAGAAUUAGACAAGACAAUUUAGAAAUUCAAACUUUUGUUGAAGGCUUGGUCACAACUAAAUUCAACUAAAAUGUAAUGACAAAGAUAACACUACAUGUUAAUCUAG